UGGCCUACUCUGAAGAAAAUGUCUUAAUAGAGAUGGCCAAACUUUCACGACGUGCCUCGUCGUCUGCAGCAACGCCCUCCACAGCAAGAACAGCAACAACUGCAACAACCGGCGCAACAUCUUUCAAUCCAAGUCAUGCCACGCAGCAAGCACAGGAGCAACAGGAGCAACAGGAGCAGCCACACCAGCAACGAAUUGCCCGUCAUGCCGCCAGCAACAGCAAUCGGAUCCAAGCAGCGGCCCUCAUUGACACGAGUCAUGAUGUCCUGCAUGAGAAUCCACCGCCAUCACCGACACCGGCGGCGCUUUCGAACAGCAGCAGCAGCAAUAGUAGCAACAGUAACAGCAGCUACCACAGCAACACUGCCACGCCCACAGCACCCGCCCAUGCCCACGUCACGGCCACGCCCUAUAUGCCGCUACUGCCGCCGGGCGAACGGAAUCUGACGGAGGCGGAAAACGCGGCGGAGCGGGCCAGGAUACGGGAGGAGUUCUUUGCCACGUAUGACGUGAUGACUGGAGUCAGGAUCGCAGCCACUUUGGGCGGCUUCUUUGGCCUGAUGGUGUUCUUAAUCGUUUGGAAGAGUCGCAGCAGCAGCAACGAGACGAUGAAGGUGCUCAAGGAUCCCAAAAUGGCUGCCGUAGCGGCGGUGUGCAUGCAGGAAGAGGAGGAGCGCGAAAUCCACGACGCCAUCGUAGCCACGGGCAUGUCCAUUUACCCAGAUGAGUACGAUGCAAUGGUCUACCGCCGACAGCGGAUGCUCUCACUGGGCAAUGUGAGUGCUCCACCGCUGCUGAAUCGGGGCUAUCGGUGUGGUUCAAUGGGUGGCGUUGGUGUGGGCGUUCCGGCGGGCUACAGUUACUUGCUGGAGCCACCGCGUCGCUUCUCCUAUUCCUCAAUGUCCGGCGCAGGAGGUCAUGUGGGUCGUCGCAAGAGUGGGUCAGAGUCGUCGCGCAUCUUUAGCAACUAUCCAAUGGGCGGCAGCUUCGGCACGGACGACUAUUUCGUGGAGACGGACGACGAACUGGAUGCGGAGGAGUAUAUGCAGCCAGGUGCCGCCGAUGAGCCCGAUCACCAGCACCAGAGAACGGAUUCCACGCGCAGCAAGCCGGGAUUUCUGUCCGUACCGAUGGCGGGUCAGGACUCGCGCCGAAGUAGUGCCAUGACCUGCUGCAGUACCGAUAGCUCCUACCUGGAGCGCCGCUCAUCUGCCUACAUGGGCGGUUGCAUGGGCAACCUGCCGCCUACGAUGCAACGGAAGCUAUCGACUGCCUCGCGAACAUCGAGCAUCGAGAACUGGGACUACUACUAUCCGGACAUUCAGGUGAUCCAGCCGACGCCCAAGGCCUCGCCAUGUCCCUCGGAGCGCAGUGUUCACGAAGGAUCGGGAUCGGGAUCGGGUUCUGCGAACGGAUCGAGGAUGUCCAGUCUCAGUGCAUCCAAUGUCAAGCGGAAGCACAGCAUCGUGUCCUACGAUCCGCAUAGUGCUCAGGCGGGCCGGAAGCAGCAGAUCCACUCGAUCAGCGCAGACACUGUGGACGUGUAUCCGUACAACCAGGAGAGUACCGUGGACCUGGCUUUGGCUCUGCCACUUCCCAAACCUGUGCAGUCUGCCCCGCCCACCAGUGCUCACCAGGCGUUCCACUUCUGCGACUCGCCAUCCGAGGAACUGCGUUUGGGUGUACGGCGGAAGCUCACGCUGGUGGAGCUGCAGCGCAACGAGAGCAACAACAACAGCUUUCCGUACACGGCCAAUGCAGCGGUUCCGGCCGGAGCGGCGGUCACGGCAGCUAGCUCCAGUAGUAUCAGCGUGGACAGCACUCCGGUGAGUCUGGAGCGGUUAAAUGGCGCGGCGAGCUGCGGAAGCGCCAGCCUGGCCACCAUUUCCGCGUCCAACAAACUGCCGGCGCUGGGCAAUAACAAUCCGGAGAAGCGAGCGCCGCUGGCCUCACUAAGUUCCUUCAAGAUCUCCUCGCUGGAGUGUCCCGACUCCGAGCUGCGCUCUCUGGAUGAGGACUCGGUCUUUGGGCUGGAGAGUCCGGCGGACACGGACGAUGACAUGCAGCAGCUGAGCAGCGACAGCGAGGAGCAGGAGGCGGCAGCCCAGGCUGCCCAAGUCCAGGCCGCCUCGAUUCGGGCUAGUGGGGAAACCAAGCCCAAUCCUAUGCUGCAUACCAUGCCGUUAAAACGAAUGAGCCUGAGUGCGGUGCCCUCUGCAGGAUUGACGAGUGCUGCCUUGACUAGUGGUGGUGGUGGUGGUGGUGGUGGUGGUGGUGGUGGUGGUGGUGGUGGUGCACGGCCCCGGAGACCCCUGCUUCAACGGCAUCGCACCAUCAGUGUCACAUCUAGCGACCGAGUGGCUCUCAUCAAUCAGCCUCUGCAACAGUUCCACAUGGGCUUGCCCAUCCAGUCGGAGGCGCCUCCGCUGGAAACCCACUUUGGGGCAGUGGUGAGCCAGAGUCCCCCCAGGCGAGGACCUCUGCUGCAGCAGUACAGCGAUCCGCAGACGACAACGACGACCACAACGACCACCACCACGGAGGAGGACACCUGCUCCACCCUAAAUACAGAGCUGGGAUUGGUGGAGGCGUCUGGAGUAACUCUCGGCGGUGCGGAGUCUGCCACCCACACCCAGUACAGCAGCCUCAACACGGUAAUCAGCAUGGGCCGGUCCACGCCCAGUCCCGUUCCCGUUUCUGUUCCUGGUCUGGCUAUCCGGAUGGACAAUAAAGCCGCCAACCAAGCCACACAGCAGCCAGCUCAACUGCCAACAAACGCCAUCCGGCUGGGGCACGAUCCCUGCCCCUCGUCCGUGUCCGACUCGGUGAUAGCGACCCGGCAGCAGAGCAUCUGUGUGCCCGCCUCCCUUAAGGAUCUGAUCCUGCGGAAGGGAUCGGGUCCCGCUGCAGUUCCCACCAGCGGUAUCAGUCGGAGUGCCGCGAAUCUGAGCUGUGAAGGUGGAGUCACUGCAUCAACCACAACGACUGCGACGCCAGCCGUCAUGCUAGAGCUUCCCCUAAUCCGGCUGCCCAACGACGAUGACGAGGACCAGCAGCACCAUCAGGCCCAGUUGGAGCGGGACGACGGAGGCUUGGGCGGUGAAAAGCGCGAUCCCAGCCUGCCCGGCACUUCCAGGAAAUGGUCAAAGGAGACACUCUUCUAGCCCAGCUGGUUUCCACUGCUCCAACAAAGGCAGUUCCCUGGGCCGGGCCACUAAUUAAGAGCUUAGUAACUGACUUUGUACGCAUGGUGAUGGGAUCUACAGUGAAAACUUCCCUGGGAAGGACAAGAAGGUACUUGGAAAAAGUUUAGUAAAACUUAGUUUCGUAUGGAUUUUCACUCGCUGUAUUCCAGAAAUGUAAAACUUUCUAAGGAUCCUAGGUUGACACCUUUUUUAAAAAUGUUUUCAAAUGGAAACCGAUUUUUAAGAAUAUUCUUCUUCAGGGAAGUGUUCGCUGUAAUUCAGGUUGUCGCAUGGUCUGGCAACCAAUUUCCUGGCUUGCUCGAGACCCGGAACCCAGAACUAUGAAACGCGAGUAUUGAUGAGUAUUUAGGUAUAGAUAAGGAGGAUUAGAUUAAGCGCAUUUAGUCAAAAUAUAAGUAAGUUCGGUCACAAGGAGUCACAGUACAGUAGUACAUGCCUACUAAUCAUGUAUAGACCGAUCGGGACGAGGAAGUGGGUAAUGAACAACAACGUAUUCGUACUUAGAGACUGUUGUCUAUUAUUGUUAAUAGAACUCUAAAAGUUAAGUAGUGAUACUCGGAUUUAUUUUUCACACUUUAUCUGUAAAACAAAAGUGCAGGCGUACGAAUAUAUAUAUUUGUAUGCGGCUCCAUACUGAAGAGAAAGUUUAUACAUAUAUUUCUAUAGAUAUAUCGCCAGUCGCCACCAUAUAUCGGUCUUUCUAUCUCUAUCUAUAACUCUCCCUAUUACGGAAUGAAAACUCUUCUAGUGUCUUAACCAGCAGCCAAAUACUUAAAGUAUUGUAAUUUAGAAAUUUUAUAGAGUGCACCACAACGUCGUAUCGAAUCGAGCGAUAUCGUGUUAUCCUUGCAACAAAAGUACUCUGACAGAAGACCUUAAGGACCUUGAGGGGUCCACCCAAAAGAUGCCUAAAUGUCUUUAACGCGUAGCUAGACAAAAGGUGCAGACUCUCCAGGAACAUUUUCGCAUUUCCCCGCUCCUGCCUGUUCGAAAACGAAUUGUUGUUGGAUAUAUAAUAGAGUUGUUGUCAGAAUAUAAAGUUAGAAAGCGAAUAUAGAAAUUGUAAACCAAAAAAGAGCCGAACAUGUAUAUGUAAACAAUUUCCUAACUCAUCCCACCUACGCAUCUCUAUUUUUCUAUGAAAAGCUAAAGCCAAGGGAAGGGAAAUAAAUCAAAUAAAUCGGAUUAUUCAAAUCAAAAUACACAACUAGUGGUCGAAAGGCGAGAUAAUAUGAUAUAGCUGCAUUUUGAGGUACCCCAGCCCCCCAGAGACUUUCUCACACGCCUGAGCCUCAGCCUGAGCCUGAUUUGUACCUAUCCUAUGCAUAAGUAUAUAUUUAUAUACACCACACAUAUAUAAAUCGAGCCCUAUUUGAAUAUUUUUUAAUGCUAGUAAGUAUUUUGUACGAUGAGAUCAACUCGAAAGGCGCCUAGGAAAUGGAAAUGGUAUAUCAAAAGGAAACCCCCAGAAACACAAACAUUUAAUUGUUGGUUAUAUGCUGAAGAACGUAAGCGUAAAUGAAAAUUCGUAAAUGAAAAUAUUGUAAUUGUAGCGUUGAUUUGUUUCAAAUGAGCAAACAUAUACAUAUAACUAAUAACGUAGAUAAAUAUACAUACCUAUAUUUAAUGAAACCAAUGAGCAAAACCUAACUUGUGUAAGUCAAAGAGUAGCGGAACCAAUUGUUAAACCUAAGCAUAAUAAAUCUGUAAUAAAACUGAGCUGUUGUAUUAAAUGAACAAUAACAAUGUUGAAGACAAAGUUUGGAUAUCGGCGCCAAUGCGUAGGCCAUUCAAUUUGUGAACUUCCAAUACGAGUACUUAGAGUUUUUACUAGAAAAGACUUCUUUUCCUUUUCCCGCUUUCGUUGCGAUGUUUUCUUUUAUACUUUUGUACUAACGAUCCCCCUUCCAUAGUCCGACCUUAUUUCCAUAAUGUUUAUGAACUC